AUUUAAUACCAAAUUCGGGGAAUCUUCAACGGCGUGGCCAUCAAAAUGUAAAAUGACAGUAUAUUGGUAGGAAAAAGGCUUUGAAAAUGUAGGAUUAAAGGAAAAUAGGUGAAUUUUCAUCGGCUUGAAUUUUUUGAUAUGGCUGAAGCAGCACUAGCUCUACACGAAUCACCCGACACAGAACGGUUCCAACGUGUCGCUUUACUGCUCGUACGUGGAGGAACAAUCAUUAUUCGUGGAUUGUUUGACAAUAUUCAUCCUCCUUUAACGCUUGUACAUGUAUUACAGAUCCAUCGAGCUACAUUAGAUGAUUUGAGAAGAAGACGAAUUUUGAAUUCUGAUCAGUGGAAAAAGUUGUUUCCUUCUCCCGGUGCUUAUGGAGAGUCCGAAGAUUUUGAUUUGACUUUGCUUUUCGUGUUGCUGAGAAAUAUUUGUAAUCUUACUGCACCGGCUAAUGGUUGGGACAAGUUGCCGGCGGAUAUUUCCGAUAUCUCUAUGGAAGAUGAUUUGGCGCGAAUCAAAUAUUAUCGUAAUUAUUUGUAUGGUUACAUCAUGGUCAAACUUUCUGAAGAUGAGUUCAACGAGUGUUGGGACGAAAUAUCAAAUGCUUUGCUGAGAAUUUUAACCGUUUAUGAUACUCCAGAGUCUGUCAGGAAUUGGGAAAAAGAAAUAAAAAAGCUCCGCGGUGGUCCUAAUUCAUCAAUCGACUUCGGCCAAGUUGGACUUACACAAACAAUCACAGAAAUCAUUGAAGCUGUCUAUCAGAAGUUAACGACAAUAGCCUAUGGGGAUUUGAAACAAGCUGCACCAGAAACACAAAGCAGUGAAUUUGAUUUUAUCCACAGUGAAGUCAUUACAGAUCGCAAAAGCAAAUUCCAAGCUCAUCUUGCUCGAGUCACCUCACAAGAACAGGUUGAACAGGCUCUUACACAGCAGAAAAUACAGACGAAGAUUGAUGAAGCAGCAUAUUAUAUUCUUGCCUACAGAAUUUUUGACAAAGAAAAGAAUAGUUAUCUAAAUAAUGAAGGUCUUGAUGAUGGUGAGUAUGAAGCCAACAAACGGCUAUUACACCUGUUACAAAUAUGCAAGGUAGAGGAUGUAGUUGUUAUAGUAACGUACUGGCAUGGCGAUGUUAACAUUGGACCUGACAGACUCAAGCACAUUAACGCCUGCGCACUUGAGGUGAUCAAAAUGGCUACUGAAGCAGGAACGAUUCACAUCGGUGCUCCUAUUGAAAUAGUUUGUCGUGGUCCACGGGCCUUUGCAGCCUAUGAGAAUGCACUUUUGAAUGGGAAAACAAAGAAUCGACGAUUAUUUCUGAUGUUGAUUGGCCCGUCUCGCUCAGGCAAAACAAGUUUACUGAAGUCUUUUAAAGGAGAGGCUUUUGAUCCCGACGAGGAUAGCACUGAUCUUAUAGCCCUACAUCACUACUGUUGCAAGCUAGUAGACAGCAUUUGGGUAAAAGAUGGUGCAAGUGAAGACGAAAUUUCUUUUGAAAGCGUCAUAUCAAAAAACAUUGCUAAGAAUUAUCAAAUUGUCGAAAAACCUCAGCAAGAUGUGGAAAAAGACGAGAAAAGAUCUACAAAAUCUCAUCCAGUUGUAGACAUAGAUAAGAAAAGAUCUAGAAAUGCCAAUGAUAUUACAGGGUCUGGAAAUGCUGAAAAGAGUUUUGUAAAACCGGACAUUGUGAGGCAAGAAAAUUUUAAUUUUUCAAGUACCGAGGCAGUUAAUAGUCCAAUUGAUCCUAGACUACAGGAAAAGAUACUGGACGAACUGGACGCUCUCCCAAAACAAAAGGCAAUUGAAAGUGAAGAUAUCAUUUGCACAGCAUUGGAUAUUGCCGGUCAGCCCGUUUACGACGUGACUCAUCCGUUGUUCAUUUCCACCAAAGGUAUUUUUCUUCUUGUUCACAAUCUGCAAAAUGAUGCAAACAGCCAGUCUAUGCCGGUUACAAAGAAAGGACAUGCAAGAAGAAAAAUAGCUGACAAGUGUCAUGUGAAAAAUAUGGAUCAUCUYGAGUUCUGGCUGUCCUUUGUUGCAUUAAGUGCAACACGCCAAACUCACGACACGUCUUCGAAAUGUGCAUUGAUGCCAAAAAAGCUACCACCUGUUUUCUUAGCAUGUACGCACGCAGACAKCCCAUUUGAUGGACAGRAUGCURAAGKWAURUCAAGAGAAAUYCUUGAGCACYUGAAAAAAAAGGACCACCUACCAGGGGAACACGUAGUCAAARGGCUUUAUCUCGUCGAYAACACUGUAUCAGGUUCGUCUGAUGAAGAUGAAGGUGUAAGAAGGUUAAGGAAAGACAUUUGUGAAGUGGCAAAAUAUCUGCCACACAUGAAUGAGGAUAUCCCGGUGAGAUGGUUUCGAUUUGAGAARGAACUUUCAUCUCUUGUUCAGGUUGGAAAGAAAAGGUAUUUGUCCACUGAUGAAGCAAAGRCGAUCGCUCUUGACUGCAAAGUUGAUGUCAAAUCUGCUGAGUUCCUCACUCUCCUAAAUUAUCUGCAYGAUAUCAGAGAAAUCAUCUUCUUCGAAGGCACCGAAACUGUCUUCAUCGAUAUCCCGUGGUUAGUCAGCAUGAUAAGCAGUGUCAUCACAGUUGAGCCUUUUGAGAACUGGCAAGAGGAACAGACAGAUUCUUGGACCAAACUCGAGAAUGAAGGAGUGCUAGACGUCUCUCUCUUGGAACAUGUGUGGAGAGAAAUAGCAGAUGACAAACAUGCCAUUGAUUCUCUGUUGGUGAUUAUGGAGAAAUUCUCACUAGUUUGCCGCUGGAAAAUUGAUGACAAAGAAGAUGUUUUCCUUGUUCCAGCGAUGYUAAUGAACAGCAGUGCCCAAGAUAUCGCUGAGCUGCUGAAAGAUCAGAUGCCACCYCUWAUCGUGUAUUUUCCAAGCUCACAUCUUCCUCUUGGUAUCUUUCCAAGACUUCAGGUUUUGUUUGCAGAAUUGUGCAAUCGCAAGUGGUCAAGUGCGCGUCCGCCAAAGUUMUUCCACAACUUUUGCAGGUUUUUUAGCAUUGGCAAAGAUGAAAGUUUUGACUUGGUGCUCACCUCUGACAUCAGAACCAUUUCUAUUGGAGUUAUCAAUAAUAAUGAAGCAGACGACCAGAAGAUCAGUGACUUUUGCCAGGAGGUCAUUGACUUUCUGAAAACUAAGCUCGGUACAGACAUGCGCAAAGACUUCCCUUGGAUGGAAAGGAUGAAGUAUAACCUGUGUAUACGCUGUCCCAUUUGCAAGCCAUCUCCAGACUGUAACCUGCCUCAUGUUCCAGGAUGUGUAAGCCCUGCCUGUGUGCACUUCAUCACAGAAGAAGAAAUCCUUAAAGAGAAGCGUCUUCGCUGUCUAGAAAAUCCAACUUCCAAGGUCACUGACAUUCCAUGUGACUACAUUUCUCACUGGUUUCCAAAACCAGAAAAGGCGUCUGCUUCCAGACCAAUCCACGAAGCCGGACCCGAGACAGUACCCUUUGGCAUAACUUCGACUACAGGAUCCUUAAGCCUUGAUGAAAAUAACAAAAGAUGGGUUGUGGUUGGAAUUGCUAUCAUGAAGGUACUGUUGCCUGCUUUGCGAAGUUUUGUUCUUCCAAACAUUACCAAGCACUACAAUGAUCUGAAGACCAGUCACAACAUCCACACCCAAGUCUUUGGAACACAUCUUAAGAUAGAUGGAACAUACAAAUUCAAUUAUGACAGCAUAAACAGCAACCAAGGAAAGAAACCACCGCUCUUUGACUACAUGGUCACAUCUGAGGUCGAUUUGGCAAAGCUGUAUUUCAAACCUUUUAUGGCCAAAUUCACCGGAAUUGAUGAAUCCUGUGACUUGUCGGCAGUUCUUGGAAUAAUAGCUUCUGCAAGCAUUUUUACCAUGGCAACACAAAAUGCCGCGGAGAACGUCCGAAAACACGUACGUAAUGAUUGGGGUCAUUGCAAUUUUACUGUAUGGGAUAAGGCGAAAAUUGCAGACUGCUUCAGCCGCAUGGACGUUUUGGUGAAAAGUCUGAAAUUAGGUGAUGAAGAAGAGAAGAAGUUGUUAGGGCAACUUAAGGAAUGGGAAGAGAAAGCUGAAGAGUUCCAACGAAUUAACUCUGCACUACAAGCGUUCAAAGAAGAGGUUGUCAAAAGUCUCAAAAAGCUUGAAGAGGGCCAGGAAGAUCUUAAAGAGGGCCAGAAAGAAAUGAAAACAAUGUUAAGGCAGCUAUUGCAAGUACAACAUGGGUUUGAAUGAUUUGAAGGCACAGCUUAAACAAUCCUCAAUAAGAUCGUGAAUAUGCUGGAGGUAACUCUUUAUUAAUAAUGACAGGCAAAAAAAGAUCUUAAAAAGAUCUAUACUAGCUGUCCUGCUUCAUUCUGAUUUAUUGCAUUCUAUUUUCAAAAACAUUCUUCUAUUGGGUUGCUUUCCAAAUAGUCCAUUUAAUCGUAAUUUUUCCAUGAUUAUGAAAUUUAAACAUGAAUUUUACGCUGAUUUUACUAUUCGAAAGUGCCUAUUGGUCAGAAAUCAGUCAAAUCGAUUAAUCUGUACCAAUUGCUUCCUCGCUUCCCUUACACAUUAUAACCAAUAAUAUUAUUUGAUACUACAUUGCAUUGCAUUUAGAUCACAUAAUAGUUAUAGUACUUCUUACUUAGAUUAAUUAACCCAGCCAUUCGAAAUCGAACUCAGUUAGUGACAUUAGCAGUCAAUCAAUCAAUCAAAUUAUUACUAAUCGUCAAUUAAGGGUAGACAUUUGAUAACUUUUUGUUAUUAUUAUUACAUUUGUUAACGAAGUUCGUGGCUUGGUUGCAUAUAUCUUUGACCUAUGAAAUUUAUGAUAUUUUUCGGUAUAUUUAAUUUGUAGGAUUACGUACGUUUUAAUGCAAGCAGUAUCAUUUUCUUUGUUUGAAGGGCUUGUCCACUUUCAAUUUCAUUUGGGGCCAUUUUUUCAACCACCCCUGGAAUAAUCAAAUGAUCUUCCUUCAGUGGUGUCAACCAAUAAUCGUGGUUUUAACAGGGUUUAUACUGAACACACACGUUAUCACAACCCUCAGUAGAAUAGAGCAAAUCGGCUAACGCGUUAAUUGCUUUGUACGUUACCACCCAAUUCAAAACCUGCGGGAAAAAGAAGUUUUGUUUCUAAGAAUUCAACUGUGAAAUGAAAAUACAACGAACAAUGAAACUUACUCCCGGGUGGUUUGAAUUGGGUGGAAACGUUUAUAGCAACGCUCUAGGCAAUUAGGUCUUUUUAGUUCUAGUGUCAAUUAUAGUUGAAUAUUAGUGAGACUAAAGGCUAGUAGCCACAGUCUGAAUUUAUUGUUUUGUUUUGAUCUAUACCAACAAAUACUACCCUGGUUCCAGAGGCUUGUCUUCUAUUAUUUGCUUACUACGUUAUCGAGCCGCGAAGCGGCGAGACGUUUCCGUAAAUCUGACUUUCAUGCUGUAUUCAAGCUAACCAAUCACACAUCGGAGUGUUGUAGCUGUCAAACAUGUCAAAUAAAUUAACCAAUAAGAGUUCAUCACAGAUAACAGAUCAUAUUACUCUGAUCUGUGAUUGGUUUGCUUAAAUACAGCAUGAAAGUGAGAUUUACUACGCUUGUGACCAGAGGCUUGGCGAAAAAAACGGAAACGUCUCGCCGCUUCGCGGCUCGAUAACAUAGUAAGCAAAAGAAUAAAAGACAAGCCUCUGGAACCAGUGUAAACAAAUACUAACUAUAACUAACUUUUCAUUGCACAGUAGUCAAAUAAAAACAACAUACAGUUUAAGAUUGUACUAGGAAUUACUCAUUGCAAUUUUAUAGAGAAGACAGCAUGAGAGAACACUGCACUGUCAUAUUUUUUGUCCUGUGAUAAAACAUAUAGGCAUCUCCUAGAGGGCUUAGAGCAAUUUUGUAUAUGUUAUAUAUAUAGUGCAGUGUAAUAUUAGAUUUGAAGAAUUGUUUUUUACAUAUAAUAAUAAACCUAUUUUGCUACUAUAUUACUACAAGUUUUAACGUCGUUACCCCAAAGUUACACGAUACCGUAACAUUUAAGCGUAUUUUUGAAUGUCAAUAAUAACUUCAAAUUUUCUAGAGUUAUGCAGGACGCCUUUUAGAAAAUCAUUGUUUUCCUAAAGGUAACAUUUACUAACAAUUUCUAUAAUAAAAGAUAUCAUUUUGAAUUGUAUUUUUUUGCAAUCUAGAAAAUUGAAAAUGCAAAAUGAAGUGAUGUCAACUAAGGAAUUGGCUUAGACUUUCUAACUUGUUUGUGUUAAGUACGAACCUACGACUUAUAAUGGGAUUUUGAACCACUGCUUCAAAUCCUACAACUUGUUUUAGGAAAAUCGUAUACUACAAGUCGCAUUCGUACAAUCGUACCGUGUACUUGAACAGUCAAAACUUGCAAAUAAAAAGCAAAAAAUAUCUAAUUUUUUAUCCAUAUAAUGGAUUCCGCAACAGCCUCCAUCAUAACAUUGAACGUGCGUGCCUCUGAAAUCGAGUUUGGGUACUUGGCUUGUCAUCCAUUGACAGUCUCCCUCUAACUUUACUCUUUCGUGAUAUUGCAUGAACAAUCUUUCAUUAGUUGACGUCACUUCAUUUGCAUUUUCAACUUUCAAACGCUUUCAGACCAAAGGAUGUAAAUUCGAAACAACUUUUUGAUAAUUUUCUGAAAGGCGUCAAUUAAAGAUCGAUAUAGUUGUGCAAAAGAGAAAAAAAGAAAGAAGUAGAAAUAAAAUUAAAGUCGACAUAAAAUACAAA